UAGGAAUGCAGGCAUCGUAACGGAGGAGCUCUUGCGGUGGAAUCACGGAGCGCGCGGAGUGUUUUGCUGCUGCUGCUGCUGCCGCUGCUGCCGCUGCUGCCGCUGCUGCCGCACACGCGCAGCCUAAUCUCCGUAGCCGUGCCUUGCCUCCUCUUUCCUCUUUCCCGCCUCCUCUUGUGCGCCGUUCCUCUUCCUCUCUCUAUGACUCUUAGCGUUUUCUAAUUUUUCCAAUUUUUCUUCUUCUUAUUAUUUUUUCUGCUUCGGGAGCUGCUUCUCCGUUUUCUUCUUUGUGAAGACGCUUUGUCACGUGUGUUGCGUGUCAUAGGGAGUGAUGUAGUGGUGGAGAUGCUGUUCCCCGGGUGGCCUCGUAGCAACUAGUUCUACAAAAAGGUCGUUCGUUAUUGGGAGGAUUUUGGAAUGGUUCUGGGAGGAUCUGUGUGGAUUUUGUUCGAAGACAGUAUAGCUUUUGACUAUAAUAUCUGAGUUCUCUCAGCAUUGAAGAGAGGUUUAGGGUAACGUCGGCAAAGGGCAGCACAGGUAGUCAUGGAGGGUUCUGCAGAAGAAUGAAUGUUGCAAUCAACCACUGGGAUCUCUCCACAGGAUGGGGAGCUCGUAGCUAUGGGGGGACCAUGUCGGACCGUGGUUGGCAAGGGGGCUGGCCACAACACCAGCAUCAAGGAUCUCCCCCCUGUUGAUGAACGAGCAGCUACGAAAAGCCUGACUCUUUAUCGCAAACCUGUGGAGCUGUACAGCCUUAUUCGCUCUCGCCUUGAAAAGCGGGCACGAAUCCAAGAGUAGAGAGUUUAGUCCACGUGGUUCCUUCUUGCACGGUUUAAUUGGUGGAGUCGCAGCCCGAGCUUAACGAUUGCUGUUUAUUUCCUGCAGCCUGUCUUUCUCCAAAGAAACCUAAAUUACAAAAUCCAAGCGCUGCGGCAGAGGCGGUUGGAGGUAACGAUCAAGCUGAAGGGAUUAGUCAACGCACCCUCCCUAUCUCAAUGGUACAGUCGAAGGGGACAGUUGGAACCUGGUCCGAGUACCGCAGCUACGCACCAGUAUUUGCCUAUAUUUGUGAUGGUUUCCAGCCAGCCAAAUCCUCAAAAAGAGAUUUUCUUAUUGGGCAAAGAAAAAGAUAUUAAGGUGGUCAAAAUACCGCUGCUGGAUGAUGGUGCUUCAAGUGCUCCAGUGACAUUUUUGAUACCAGAGCUAACGAAGCUUUUUGAGCUUGCCAAGAAUGGGCACCUCAUUCUUUUUUUUGCAUUCACUGAUCCAGCAGAACUUUUCAAUGUUGACACGUGGCAGAUGCGAGAUCUAGAUGAUUGUAGUGGCGGUGUGGUUUGGAGUAAGCUGAGCAUGGCAUCGCUCUGCCAUCAAUGGUUAAAGAAUCUCAACGGAAAUGUAUCGCCACUAGGCCUUAAUGGUGUAUCUGUUGAGACAUCGUGCAGUCUAGACUUUGCGCAUGGCAAGCUGCAGCAUCGUGACACGGCCCUUGGUCCCAUGGUCUAUAUACAGCCUUUCAGGGAGCUUUCAUCAAACAGUGAGAUGAAGCUGCAAGUGCACGCUUGCGCUGUUGAAAUCGGAAAUGCACAUACAAAUCAUUGUACAUCAAACGGAACUCCUCACAAACGUACUUCUUCCUUGCCCUCUCAGGCAUUUAGGAAUCCCUUAGGUCUUGUAGAAUUUCACUAUCUUUAUUAUUUCAACCGCCGUGAAAAAACAGAAGUGAUGGUGGAGUUUUCAUGCCCAUUUUGUUUAGUACGAUGCUAUACCUUUAAGGGGCUGCGUUGUCAUUUGAAUUGUUCUCAUGAUUUAUUCAAUUUUGAAUAUCUGCCAAAUGUAGACGUACCAACUGUAAAUGUUACCUGUCGGACAGACUUGCUAGGGCCUGAGGGCAAUAUUCAAGAGUUAGAACCAGAUUUAAGGACAAGAAAUUGGAUGUUUUGGUCACGUAGGCCCUUUUCAAAGAUCUAUGGCAGCAUUCCUAAAGUCCACCUUUUACGUGGGGAAGGGGGUUAUCUCCCUGGUCCCAUCAGUCAGGACCACUCUCAUGGAGUGAACAGUACUAGUCCCGCAAAGUCAAGUGAUGACAAUUCACCUGCGUUUCAAAAACAAAUUAUGAAAGGGGAAAGAAGGGAUGAUUCCUUGAUGUAUGGAGAUGCACCUGGUCCUUCACCCUUAAAGCGACAGAGGCUUGAAGGCCGUGAUUCUGCUGAGGAGGAAGAUUUUAGAACUGGAGUGUGUGCAGCAGCAUCUGCAGCCACUCCUGACGAUACUGGUGCACCACUCAUGACUGCUACUUCUAUUCGAAUUCGUCCUGAGAGGAAUCGACAGUUGGCUGCGGAACGUGCAGAAGCUCGCAAUCGGCUUCUCCUUCAAAAACGCACAUUUUUUCACUCACACACUGCUCAGCCUAUGGCACUUGAGGAACUGCUCUCUGACAGAGACAGUGAAGAGGAACUUGACGAGGACGUGGCCACCAUAGAAGAUCGCCGGAUGCUAGAAGAUUUUGUGGAUGUAACUGCGGAUGAGAAGGAAAUCAUGCAUCUAUGGAAUUCGUUUGUGCGGAAGCAGCGAGUCCUUGCUGAUGGUCAUUGCGUGUGGGCAUGUGAGACAUUUGCAACGCUUCACGCAGCGAAGUUUUCAAGCAAACCGUCAUUAAGAAGGUGUUUCAUCUUGUUUCUUAUUAAGCUUUGGAACCAUCAUCUUGUGGAUGGGGCCACAGUUGAUAAAUGCUUGACAAUCGUGGAUCGUUGCACUCAGCCAACGGAAAAUUAAGAUGGGCGCUUGGCAUCCAAGAUUACUAAAAUUUGAAAAUUUUUUCCUUUUUCUAUGAAAUUCAUUGUUGUGGCCCCUGUCAGGGUCAAAUUUCAUUGUUGUGUGUUGGAAGUGGUCUUGUCAAGAACUUUUAUUUUUACCCCGUCAAUUGCGGUACUACAGGUCUAAAGAGAAGGAGCCCCUCUUUUUUUUCAUUUUCAGGAUCAGGGUUAGAUUUAGUGCAGCCUUGUUUUGAUAAGUCCAUUUCGGUUGUUGACUUUGGUCUGGAUCAUGUCACAAGUGUCACCCAGCAGCUUUUUUGUUGGUACAUGUGUGGUUAAGAAGAGCAGGCAAGCCUGCUUCAUUCUUUGAAGUAGACAUUCGUUACGUUCCUUUACGUGGUUCAUUAAUACUUGUUCAGCUCCGGCCUUCAAAUUCUCUUACGUCACUUCUUCGAUGGAUGCUUGAGCACGGAAGCUUAAAGGAGCAACUGCGGAGAGUCAAACUCCACUUACAUACCCAGCUCCAUUCCAUUGCAAUACCUCAAUCAUUUCAAUUUAAUCGAAGGUGAUAUGAAGUUUUGAAAAGCCAAAGUGGCAGCUGACGCUUCAGCAUCUUAGAAUACUUCUUAUUUCAGUUCAUUGAAGUGACCAAGGGUAAACGCAAACAAACUAGACAUUGAACUGAAGGUUUGCUCACUAUUGCAGCGAUUGGAUAACCAGAGGUUAUCUUCCAUUUGAAAGAAUUCUGUAUCUUCUUUCGGCACCA